CUUAGAAGCCCCACUAAAGAAACAGUCGACACCUUCACGAUCACCGCCACCAAGUCACUGGCUUCUUUUGAGUCACAAAGUUUCAAAAAGACGGACCGAAAGACUCAAGGCUCCAAAAUCCAAACACCAGAGACGUUGGCGGAUCUCGGUGGCGAUGACUACCCCAACGAACCUCGCUGAGGACCGCCACCACCAUCUUCCGUACCCUCCGCUCGCCGGCCGCCGGCACCGUCAUUACAUGGGCCGGCCCAUCUCGGCCCCCUCCUCCGCCGCCUCCUUCAGAGGCUGCUGCUGUUGUCUAUUCCUCCUGCUCAUCUUCGUCGCCCUCCUCGCCGUCGCCGUCGCCCUCGUAGUCGUCCUCGUCCUCAAGCCCAAGAAGCCCCAGUUCGACCUCCAGCAGGUGGCCGUACAGUACCUCCUCGUCGCCCCCACCACCUCCUCCGCUUCACCCACCGUCUCCGCCCUUGGCGGGGCCGCCGUCCGAGGGGCACAGCCGACGGCGGCGUACCUGUCGCUCAACAUCACGCUGCUGUUCCUUGCGGACAACCCGAACAAGGUGGGGAUCCGGUACGAUGCGGCGGCGCUGGACGUGAUGUACCGUGGGGUGCCGCUGGGGGUGGCAACGGUGCCGGGGUUCGAACAGCCGGCCCAGAGCCGUCGCUUGGUCCAGACCCGCGUCGUCGUCGACCGCUUCAACGUCAUGCAGUCUGAUGCCCUCGACCUCGUCCGCGACGCCGCCCUCAACGAUCGCGUCGACCUCCGCCUCACCGGCGACGUCGCCGCCAAGAUCCUCGUCCUCGGCCUUUCCUCCCCCAGGGUUCAGGUUUCGGUGGAUUGUGCGAUCGAGAUCAGCCCUAGGAAGCAGUCGCUCACUUACAAGCGGUGUGGAGUCGACGGAUUAAAUUUCUGAACCGAAAAAAUUUUUAAGAGAAAAGUCUUAUUUUCCUUUUUUUCCCCCCUUUUCUUUGCAUUUUGAUGGAAGUCGUAGUUUUUCUGAUCGAGUUAGCUUCGGGGCAAAGCAAAGUAGGCAUGCCGUCAUGGCCAGGGAGGUGCCCAGAUGUCCAUUUUUCACUCUCCUCCCAUUAUAUCAGCCUUUUGUUUUGUUGGGUCCUCUUGCUCUUGUGCUGGGAGAGGAGGCAGGCAGGACAUGAGUACAGCUCUUCCUAACCUUGGUUUGUUUGAUGGAUCCUGGGUGAAAUGUUCUUGUUGAUGACUGUGAGCAAGUAAAAAAGAUGAGGAUGGUAUCCAACCUACUUACCUAC